ACCUCCUGCAUCGGCGUCAUCCUGCGAAAGAUGACCUCUAGAAACAACCAGGGAUAAGAAGUAAAUUCAGUUUCCAUAACCCUCAUAAGACCUAUGGUCGCAGCGUCGACCAGCUCUCGAGAUGAGGCAUGCCAUUCCGCUACGCCCCAAUCCGCGCGACUCUCAUUGUGCGUUGUGACCUCCCAUCGUGUCCAUCAUGGACUUCCCGAAGAUGGUUUCACGGCUCUCGCAGCCUCCGCGAUGACGUCGAUCACAAUAACCACUACGAGACAUUGAACGUCCACCCAGAUGCCUCGCACACGGAUAUCAAGAGAUCCUUCUACGCCCUCUCCAAAUCCCACCACCCAGACCACAACCCCUCCGACCCCCACGCGGGCCGCCGCUUCAUGCGCAUAAGCGAAGCCUACUCGGUCCUCGGCCACGCCGACAAGCGCGCCCACUACGACCGCGACGUCAUGCGCCGGGCCCCCGGCGGCCACAACCACCGGCACCGGGGCUCCUACCACAGCAACACCGCCGGCGCCGGCGCCGGCACCAGCCCGGCCGGCGGCCGCCCCGCCAGCGGCCUCAGCCGCCGCCGCGGCACCUUCACGGGCCCGCCGCCCAGCUUCUUCCGGUCGGGCGGCUGGGGCGCGCAGGGGGCGAAGCGGCGGGCCGCGCACGAGGAGAGCACCGGCGGCGCCGGCGCCGGCGGGGGAGGGGGAGUGGGCGGCAUGGGACCCGGGCAGGACCCGUACGGCCGCCGGGAGGAGGUGCCGCACUUUGACCGGGAGGCGCACGAGCGGACGCAGCGGAGGGUCGACGAGAGGCGGGCGAGGAGGAUGGCGGGGCGGGGGAUGACCAUCGGGCCCGACACGGGCAUCGCCGCCGGGUUCUUCCUCGUCAGCGGCGCCAUCGUCGCGGCCGUGUUUUUCCCGUUCCUUGCGUUUGGGGGUUGGCAGAAGGGGAGAGGCGCCGGGCCCCCCGCCGGUAAGAUUGGCGGGGAGAGGAAAAGGGCGGCGUAGGAGCCUGCUUGUAGCAUCUAUCUUAUGUACCUAGCUAUCUACCUUACCUUUGAACAGAUAUACAUGAAUCACAUUUUCUGUC